AUGGCAGACCGGUUUCCAUCACUGGAUGACUUCGACUCCGGAGCGCAAACGGAGGUGAAGGAUACCACUGGCUCUGCCGAACAGGACUUCCUCGCGCGCGAGAAAGCCCUUCUCGGCGACGAUGCUGACCAAUUUGCCACUGUCGGCGACGCUGCUGCAUUGGAAAAUACUAGCGGGGAUCUUUUGGGCGAAGGAAACGCUCCAUCCACAUUCGAAUCGCAGUUCCCAGAUCUCGCUGACCCCUCAUCUGGACUGCCAGGUGCGCAUGGAGCGUCUACAAUCACAGGUCCGUCUGUCAGCUACAACUCGGGAUACAAAGCCACUGCGACCGACGAAGAAGAGCCCGACGUGAUUAAGCAAUGGAGGGAAAAGCGCGACGCACAGAUUGCGAAGAGAGCAGAGCAACUGGCCGCGCAAAAGGAAGAGACGAUAAGAGAAGCGCAGCAGAACAUCGACGACUUCUACGAGAACUAUAACACAAAGAAGGAGAAGGGCAUUGCUCAAACUCGCAAGGAUGCCGAGCAGUUCCUUGCAAACAGAGAUGAUACCGUGUCAGGUGGCACUAGUUGGGACCGAAUUGCCAAACUGGUUGAUGUCAGCGGCAAGGGAAGCAAAGGUGGAGCUUCGGGCAGUGGCAAGGAGCGCUUCCGUGAAAUGUUGGCGAAUCUUCGCAAGGACGACAAAGCACCAGGAGCUACCGGAUACUAA